AGAUCUAACUUGUUCUAGCAUAUGAUUUGACAUGCAUAGAGCAUCGUAUUCUUGCUUUUGAAGCAUGGGCAGAACAGUCAUUUUAGGAGUAUAGAAGUUGUGGAGUUUUAGAAUCCAUGUCCCAUGUCCAUGGUGACCACAUCCUUAGUUGUCUAAGGUUGUCCCACACACUUCACGUUCAUUUGCCAUCACUUGCUUCUCUACUCUUUCCUUUCAUCACCAACACACCUGCCGACAAGCCACCACCUCCAUUGAAUCACCAAGUGUUAAGCUUUUUCAUACCCAAAAUCUCUCUCACACAUACACACAAACACAAGCAAUGGAAGACAAAAUCUGUGUAUGCAUUAUAGGGGAAAUGGAUAGACUUUGGUUUCACCAAGUCAUUCUUUUCUCAGAACCACAAGCAUCAGUUUUUUCCUUACCAACUCCACCAGAUGAAGAAAAAACUGUUCUCUUAUCAGAAUCUGUGUCUCGUUCUUCAUCCAUUCUUUCUUCACCACCUCCACCAGAUGAAGAAACUUCAAAUGAUGAAUCACCUUCUUCAGAGAAACAACUCUCAUCAGAGUCAAUCUCUGUACCUCUUCAGGAUGGUUCAAUCAAAAAUGAAGAAGAAACCAAGGAAAGAUUCGCUAGAAUGAACCAUUUUGGUAACAAAAUUCGUUCACAUUCAUCCUCACCAUCAACUCAAAACCAUCGCAGAAAAUUUAGGAAACCAGCUACGUGUGCAUGGAAACUGCAGAAGUCCAUGAGCUGCAAAACACUUGGGGAACUAGAACUUGAUGAAGUAAAGGGUUUUAUGGAUCUUGGUUUCAUAUUCAACAGAGAAAAUCUAAACCCAAGAAUGAUGAGCGUUGUCCCUGGCUUGCAGAGACUUGGUUUACACCAUAAUAAACAACAAAUGGAUGCCACAGAAACGAAUCAUAUUGAGGCAAAGGAAGAAAAGAGAGACAUCAUGAGACCAUAUUUAUCAGAAGCAUGGCUUAUAAGGAGACCCGAUUCACCUCUACUAAAUUUAAAAUUUCCCAAACAUUGUUCAUCUGCCAAUAUGAAGAAACAUCUUCGGUUCUGGGCUAAAAUUGUUGCCUCAGAAAUCCACCAAGAAUGAGUUAUGGCCAAUACUCAAACAUAGAGCAAGAAUGGUUUCAAUUCAACAUAUGAUAUAGUUAGUCAUAGCUAAAUAAUUGUAUGAUAUAAAAAAUAAAGAAGCUUUUAAGCAUAUUAUAAGAGAGAUGGUGCAAAUCAGCAAAUGUGAUUUAUGGUUUCACCAAUCGCUUAUCACUCUUUUUGUCUUGUAGGCAAUAAAAGGGAAGGGUUAGGAAGGUUCUUAUUGGAAUGAAAUGCGGGGGCUUAGUUAAUGAGUAUGUUGUCGUAAGGAAUACAAGUUAGGUAGAUAAGGCAGGAAGAAGAUAAACACAAAGGACUAAAGAGGGACCUACUAUGAUGUGUUGCCUUUCAAGUGGGGUUUCAACUAUGCAUAAGAAAUGGAGAUACUGCUCCAUUGUUUUUUGUUCACAUAUAUGACCAGAGAAAUCGUUAUUCAUGUCUUGGCUUCUUUGUUCUCAUUAUAUCAAUGGAACAAUGAUUUU